CGCUAGUGUACCUAACCUAUUUACUUUUGUAACAAUACGCAUACACGAAUGCAGAUUAGUACCUGAAGCUACCCCUAUUCUACCAAUCUACUUCAUUGCUUCAUUGACCGCCCCUUCUUGUGUUUGCCUUAGGUAAUUCACAUCUCUAUUUCAUAAAAAAGCCAGUUCCUCAACAUCUUAACCAACCAACUACAGCCAUGUCUGCCCCUGCGUUUCCCCCCGGUGGUACUCUACUUCAGACCUUCAAGAAGUCGUUUGUCGAUGUACCCAUUGACGCAGACAACGACAAUGCCAUCUCUACUACCGAGUUCCUCGAAGCCGCCGAGUCCCUAACGACCAUGUUCGACGUCCUUGGAUCCGUCGCCUUCUCGCCCGUCAAGUCUGAUAUGUUGGGCAACGUCAAGAAAAUCCGGGAUCGUCAGCUUGCUGCUCCUGCUGAAUCUGAGACCUUACAAGCUCUCUGCAUCAACGAGCUAAAGACGAAGAAGCACGUCGCCACGGAAGGUCUCGUAUGGCUGACACGAGGAUUGGAAUUCACUUGCAUUGCCCUAAGCCAGAACUUGGCUCAGGAAUCCGAAGAGCUCUCUGCCUCUUUCCGAAACGCAUACGGCUCGACCCUCAAACCCCACCACGGACUUCUCAUUAAGCCCGUUUUCUCCGCUGCUAUGAGUGCCUGCCCCUACCGCAAAGACUUCUACCCCAAGCUAGGGGAGGACCAGGACAAGGUUUCCACCGAGUUGAGAACCUAUUUGGCUGCUCUUGAGAAGAUUGUCGGUAUACUUAAGGGUUUCCUGAGCCGCAAGGAGGCUAAGUGGUGAUCAAUGAAGGAUAUAUAACAAGUUCUUCGAUGACUCGAAUGCCAUAUUUCUCGACAGAGCUAGGAAAUGUAAUCUCUCUGUAGUCCCUCCAAUUCUACAAGAUGUGGUCUUGUUUCGGACGUAAUCAAGAGAACAAAUGUCGAGUAUUUGACACCGCUAAUAAACAUAAGUUGCAAUG